AUGGCAUCAACCACUGACUACUCUGUCCGCCUCCCGGAGCCUACUGGGAAUACUACGCUGGACCCUGCCCCCAAGUAUGACGUGAACGUGCUCAAGGAUGACCGUACCCAAGCACUGCGUCAUUUGCUAGAAGAGGGUCAUCAAGCCGUUGCACCGCUUCGAAACCCGAGCUUGAUCCUUCACAGUCACUUGCCACACCUUUUGGGCUCGGCCUAUGCCCUCGGUGCCGACAAGGACCAGCUAAAGCGUACCUAUGAGCACGACAUCAAGACUCUGGUCGCAGUUGACGACUCGUUCCCCCGAGGCGACCAGGUUACAGCCGAGAACUGGAGAGACUCGCUCACGGUCAAGAAGUAUACUAUGGCCUAUGUUGACUUUUUCGACGAGGAGAUCAAGAAGAAUGACGGAGAUUGGAACAAGGUGGUACAGAACUACCUCUUCUCAGGACCAGAGCCGAUCGUGAAUGGAGGUAUCGGAGGGCUUGCUCAUCCGUUCAUUCAUCUUGCCUAUGCCUACGAGUUCAACAUCCCCGAGGUUGCAUCGCAGGCAUUGAGCCUCUUCUGCACCGAGUAUGCUCCGCUUCAUGGGCUUCUGGAUCAAUACCCACCAGACACCUCGACAUAUCAGACAGACUCGCUUGCCGAGGUGCUCAGGCGAGUACAGCUCGAUAAGCGCUUCGACGGAUUGAUUGAGCAUCCGGGCACAGUUGGCUUUGGUAUCAUCCUUGGGAAGCGGUUCCAGGAAGCCUUGGAGCACUGGAAUGCCUGGAAGGUCGGGUCUCCUGCCAAAGCGCUUGAACACAUCUGCGACAUGUCCGUGCUGGUCGCCAUUAGCACCGGCGACCGGGAGAAGAAAUACGACUUCUUCUACGCCCACGUCAUGACGGUCUGUCACGCGCUCCGCAUCCUCUUUCACCACCUACCAGAAGACCGCCGGGAAUGCAUACUGCGCCAGUACGCCAUGUACGCAAUCUUCAUCUACAUUCUUCAGUUCCGUUUGCCAUUCGACAAGAGCGCCGUCGAUUCGAUCCCCACUGAAGGCCGCGACUGGACCUGGGUCACGGAGAAGGCGCUCAAACACAAGUGGGCGCUCGACGAUCACUUUUUCAAGGUAAUGCGCGCGCUCAAGGCUUUUGCGGAGACUUACGGUGAGAAGGAUGGAUACUACCUUAAGGCGGCAAUCAAGUACAUCACCGAGUUUGACGGGUGGGAGGGAUUUGGCCUGGGUGUUGAGGGUUUCUUACCGAACAGGGAUGGCUAUGUGCCUGAGUGA